AGGGGAGUGUGCAGGAGACCUGAAGGCGGCCUUAGUAGUUAGUGGGUCCCUUCUCUGUGCGCCAGUCUUUCCCAGUGAGCUUUGCGGCUUCAGAGUAGCAUCCCCCCAAGACAGGUACCAGUUCAGCCAAGGGCACUCUGCCCACCACGACCUUCCUCGGCGACAUCCCCUCCCCACUCCAAAGCCCUGACCCACCUGGGCUUCCAUCCGGCUCAAAAACGCUGCAGAUUCAGGUCGGACGGACCCGUGAUGGGAUUUAACAAACUCUUAGGGGUCCUUUAUUCACAGGAAAGAAUGGCAGUGACCCAACACGGAUUAGGGACCCAGUCGGGCAGCACGGAAAGAGGGAAAUCAUACAAACAUAAAGAGCACUAACUUCUGUGAACCUGUCUACGAGGCUGGGACAGGAUAUGAGGUGGAAAGACUAAAAUUGCAACUAAGUGCUAUAGCAAAAAAGAUGCUAGCUCAACAUUGGUCUAUGUUUGUGUUCCACUGACCCUGUGGCUGAAGGCUCCUUGACUUCCGCCUGGAUACGUUCUAGUUCAUCCAGUAUUACAUCAUCAGGUUAACAGAUAUGGAGAUCUCCAGGAGGAUUUGGAGAACAGUAUCAAUGGGAACUGAAAUUCUGGACUAGAUUUGAGAAAGGUAGAUGGACUAUAAGACAAUUGCCCAACAAACUGCGGAAGAACUUUUGGCUUACAGUCAAGAUAUAUCUGGCUGGCAAGUGGUUAAAAUCUCAUUAAUUUAUUUCUGGAUUUUAUUCCCCUUUGAGAAAAAGGUAACUGUUUCCAGCAAGACCUCUAGACUAUUCCUCGGCAAUCUAUAUCGUAUUGAAGGAAUAAUUCCAGAAUCAACAGCUAAGCUCUCUGACUUCCUCUAUCAGCCUGAAAACAGAGUGACAUGGGAUAAAUCGUUGAAACGGUACAAUGUGAUACACAAAAUUGACUCGGACACGUUUAUAUGCCACACCAUUACACACAGUUUUGCCAUGGGCUCAAUCUCCUCCAGAGACUUUAUCGACUUAGUGCACAUCAAGCACCAUGAAGGGAAUAUGGACAUUAUCUGUACUAGCAGUGUGGACUUCCCAGGCUAUCCUCCAACUUCACAUUAUGUCCGUGGUUAUAAUCAUCCUUCUGGCUAUGUGUGCUCACCUCUGAAAGAAAACCCAGCAUAUUCCAAGUUGAUGGUGUUUGUCCAGACAGAAAUGAAAGGAAAAGUGCCCCUCUCGAUAAUUGAAAAAUCCAUGCCUUCCAACUUAGUGAGCUUCUUCCUCAACGCGAAAGAUGGCAUAAAGGCAUACAGAAGUCUGUCACCGCGUGAACAUCUCAAUGGGCACUCAUCAGCACACAAAAAGAAAUAAAGCCGUUCUGCCAAUAAAUCAUAGAGAUUUCCGAUAGCACAAACUGCUAGUAAGUGUGGUCUGUUACUGCAGAUGAC